AUGAACCAGACUGUGACAUGUGGUUGGUGUAAGAUUACCGAAGGAAUCGUUCAUAAUAAGCGCUUAGACGGAAUAGACCUGCUCAUGGCUCUUACGACCUCCUUAAAAGGACGUGCGGCUGCCUGUAUCACUAAGCUAAACUUAGAUGAAAUGUCCUGGGGCGUUGUCAAACAGACACUAUUAGCCAAAUUUUCAAAACCAAAGCUUCUUCAAGACUAUUUCGAUGAGAUAUUGCGAUUCCAAAUAGGAGUUAAGGAGACAGCUUCAGAAGCAGCCCUUCGUUUAUGGAACCUAAUCGAACGAAUACCUAAGACUGUCAUGCCCGAAGAAGUGGUGACUGGAUUCGUUAUCUUUGUGCUCUGUCAGAAGGACAACUUGAUACGACGCGAAUUGAUUGCGCACAAUAUCACAACUCGCACUCAAUUGUUCCGGAUCCUGGGAGGUGUAUCGCUUAAGCGGCGUUCAGACGGUGUCGAAGCUAACGAACCUGAGGCGAAGCGUUUUCGUGCUACCGAAGGGUUCACGGGCAGAUGCAACUUUUGCGGAAUAUCGGGACAUCGUCUUGCGGAAUGCCGAAAACGUCGUGAUGCGCUGGUAUCAGUCGAGCCUCGAGACACUCCGAGUACUUCCCGUCCGUUGGAGAAAAUGACCAAUGUAACCUGCUACACUUGUGGACAGAAGGGGAGAUGUGACAACUAA